CGCUUAUCAAUAUCGACCGACUUCGCACGACCGUGUUUUAUCAAUUAUUAUUAUUAUUAUUAUUGUUGUUGUUAUUAUUUUAUAAUUAGGCUUGUGCGUUUAAAUCCAUUGUAACAUUAUAGUUGUACUUACACGGCGAGUAUACAUUUUAUUAAUACUGAGUAAUCGUUUUUUUAACGACAGUCGUCCGUUCAUCGGCCAGAUUUCGGCGUUAUUGUUGUACGGUUGAUUUGGCGUAGUUGACGAUGGUCCGACGACGGUCGACAAAUGUCGGCAUAAUUAUGGCGGUGUCGACGGCGCGAACCGAUUUAACGAACCGCCGGGCAUAAAUCAAUCGCGAAACCUGGACGAGAGUCAAAUUGUUUCGGGCCACGACUGGCUGUUCGUAUAGCACGCAAACGCAAACGCGUUCAAGAUGGCGAUAUUCGACGAUUUAUAAAUGACAUGCAGUUACAAAACAAUACAGAAUAACCAAUGGAUUUCAUUAAACGGACAUCAUUAUUGUUCGUGUUGUCAGUAUUACUCGUCAAGCAAUCGACCCAAGUCAAUUCUCCUGAUGGAUAUUGUGCUCAGUACAAUGGGAAGAUAUGUAGAAAAUAUUUAAAUGCUUCAAUUCUUAUAUGGUUUAACAACACUUUGAAAAAUGAAGGAAGUGAACAAAAUGAAAUAAUCACUACUGGAUUAUGGGAAGAAAUGUUACCUAGUUUUUCAAAAACAUGUAGACCAGCAGCUGAAAAACUUCUAUGUUUAUAUGCAUUUCCUCAUUGCCAACAAGAUAAAUCUUAUUUUCCACUUUGUUAUGAAGAUUGCAUAGCAGUACGAGAAUUGUUUUGCUAUAAAGAAUGGGCUUUGAUUGAAGCAAAUAAACAAAGGGGAAUUUUUUAUAAAUCUAAAGGACAUUUUUCUUUACCAAUUUGUGAGAACUUACCACAUUACUCACAGAAUGGUAAGCCUGUAUGUUCACAUGCCAUGCUCACAGAAUUAAAACAAGAUGAAAUAACUAUUGAUUGCAUUCGUGGCAAUGGUCGUUUCUAUCAAGGAUACAUCAAUGUCACUAAAUCGGGUUUGCCAUGUCAACGAUGGGAUUCAAAGGUUCCACAUGAAUUUGUAAGACCACCAAUUAAUGUGUUUCCAGAAGUUCAAAAUUCUGAAAAUUAUUGCCGAAAUGCUGGAGGUGAAGUAUCUUCUCCAUGGUGUUAUACUAUGGAUCCUGAAGUGAGAUGGCAAAAAUGUGAUGUACCUCUUUGUGAUAAAAAUGAAACUGAAUUAGUGGAACCAAAACUUGAUAUCAUUAAUAAUGAUACGGCUAUAAAUAUUAUUACAAUGAUUUUAAACCAUGUUGAAAUGUUCAUUGAUCAAACAUCAACAACACAUCUACAUAUAUUUCUUGUGAUUGUUGGAGUUCUGAUACUUUUAAUAUCAAUUAUAAUCUUAGUGUUGUGCAACAAGUUGUUGUCAAAUAAAACUUCAUACAGAUCUACACAAACUAGAGAAGUUGAUAUAGAUUUAGAUAAAUUACCAAGUAAUUCUGCAUACCAUCAAUAUGGAAUGUGUUCAAACCCAAAAUUAGAAAAACUUGAAUUUCCUAGAAAUAAUAUAAUAUAUGUAAAAGACUUGGGUCAAGGAGCAUUUGGGCGUGUAUUUCAAGCUAAAGCACCAGGUCUGUUGAAAGACGAAGAAUUUACAUUGGUUGCUGUGAAAAUGUUAAAGGAUGAAGCUUCCAAUGACCUUCAAGUCGAUUUUGAACGAGAAGCUUGCUUAUUGUCAGAAUUUGAUCAUCCUAAUAUUGUUAAGUUAUUGGGAGUUUGUGCUUUAGGUAAACCAAUGUGUUUACUUUUUGAAUACAUGGGUCGUGGCGACUUAAAUGAAUUUCUUCGUUCAUGUGCACCAAGCAAUUAUAUCGUACAUUCAGCUGAAGCUAGGGGUGAUGUUUUUCGUGAUUUAAAUCUUACAAAUUUGGAUAUGUUGAAAAUAGCUCAGCAGAUUGCUUCUGGUAUGGUUUACCUAUCUGACAGAAAAUUUGUGCACAGAGAUUUAGCGACCAGAAAUUGUUUGAUUGAUGAUACAAUGACAGUAAAAAUAGCUGAUUUUGGGCUUUCACAAAAGAUGUAUUUACAAGACUAUUACAAAGGUGAUGAACAUGAUGCUAUACCUGUUAGAUGGAUGCCUUUAGAAAGUAUUCUAUAUAACAAGUAUACAGUUGAAUCAGAUGUCUGGGCAUUUGGUGUGUGUCUUUGGGAAAUAUUUUCUUUUGCUCUUCAGCCAUAUUAUGGCAUGACACACGAAGAAGUUGUCAAAUUCAUCAAAGAUGGAAAUGUUAUGAAUUGUCCUGAAAAUACUCCAAAAUUAGCAUACGAGCUCAUGAAACAAUGCUGGAGUCGAAAGCCUGACUCGCGUCCAACUUUUCGUACAAUUUAUCAGACUUUAGAAAAUGUACGCCAAGAAGUUGUUUGCCGUAUGAAUGGGCUGAUUCCUCAUGCUCAUUUGUGAUUUAUUGUAAUGUUUAUACAAUAAUGUAUGUAAUCUAUGUUGUAUAUUGUAUCAUUGUAUUAUUGUGUAAUAGUUUACAUCUUGUAUAGAUAUCUUGAAUUACUAAAAUAUUUAAUUUUCUUCCUCAAUGACAAUAAUUUUGUUAUAUCAUUGAUUAAAUUAUUUUUUAAAGACUGUUUUAGUAGAAUAGUAAUUUAUUCUAAGCUGAUCUAUGUUCUCUAAGCACUUAGUUUUAUUAUUUCAGUAGCAACUAAUAUAUGAACAAUAUCAUUCAAAUUUUAUACUUAAUUUUUCUAUUUAAUACAUAAUACAUUAUAUUUUCUUAAAUAUAUUUUAAUACGUAUCACUUAUAUUGUUAAUUUAUUUUAAUUCAGAAAAUUAAAUUUCCUAAAAAACAAUGUUUGAUUGUUUAAAAUUAUAUGUUUUUUACUAUUAACUCUUGAUAAGCUGUACAAUUAAUAAUAUUUUUGUUUUAGUCAAUAUCUGUACUCUGUAGGCAUAUACUAGUCUAUAUUUUACUAUGUAUUAUUUACAUAGUAAAAUAGUACAUUUAAUAUUCGUGUCAUGCAUUUUUGUAAUUAUGUUAACUGAAAAUAUAAAAUUAGUUAAGAUAUUAAUUUAGCUGUACAUUUUAAGAUAUUUAAUCAUUUGUUUUUUAAAUUACUUUAAUUAAUUUUUGUGAAAAUAAGUAACAUGAUUUAUGCUAUAAUUAUUACCCAUGUAAAUAAACAUACAUUUUUAUUUAAUUACUUUAAAUUGAUUUUAGUACAAUUAUAAAGAAUUUUAUAUACUCUAAGAGAUUAACUUGAAAAUGUUUGUAAAUAAUAUUUUAUGAAAAAUGAAGUAUAAGUAAUACAGUUUCCGAUUUUAUCAUGUGUUGCAAUAAGAUAGUAAAAGAUAUUAUUUUAAACUGCACCAUUGAAAAUAUGCCUGGGUAGUGAAGAAAUUGUAUUGAAUACACAUCAGCGGUGUUCGGAAGCAUUGGAAACUGAGUAAACGCCAAAAAAAAAAAACCAUUACUUAUAAAGGUAAAUUAUUAAUUAUUUAGGUAAAUAAAAAAAGUUUUUUUAUAAUGUAUAAUAAUUAUUUCCCUAUUAAAAAAAAAAAAAUCCAUU